GUCGUUCGUGUCACCCAGGGGCGCGUCCCCAUGGUGGUCGGCACCGCCGGCAGCAAAGCAGCAGCUGCAGGAGGAGCCGGUCCGGGGCAGGAGGCGAUGCAGGCCCCUGCAGUCCCCUCCGGAGCCUGAGACCCCCCAGCUGGCACCAGGGACGACCUCCCCCCCAGAGACCUGGCGCCUCCGCUACCUCUCUGUCAUGGUGAGUGUGAAGGUGGAGGAGGUGUCCUCAGACAAGAUGCAGCCCACUGGGGCACUGCAGGAGCCUGGUGAUUGCUGGCUGGAGCAACCAAAGGCCCAUGGUGCCAACAGGUCUCUGGAGGAGGCAGGACAGAGGGGAGCCCUGGCACCUCAGGACAAGCCACGUUAUGUUCCCAAAGAGGAGCCCCUGCCCCCCCAGGAGUCAGAUUCCCCUGAAACUGAAGAGACCUGGGAGUUGUCAGCGUGUGGAAGCUCGUUAGGCUGGUGCCCCAAACAAGGCCCUUCCCAAGAAGCAGAUGCUGGGACCCUGAGCAGAGCUGAGCAGCAGCCUCCUGAGGAGGGACCUGUAAACCUAGAGCUGCAGAGGACUUUCCCAGGGAGACUGGAGGAGACAAGUUCCCUGACACCUGAGUCUGGCCAAGUGCAGAGGAGGAAGAGCAAACCUCCACAGCAGGGGGAGAGCUUGGAGCUUCGGGAGGUGUUUGAGGACGUGGCUGUGUAUUUCACACGGAAGGAGUGGGAGCUGCUGGAAGGGGAAGACAAGGUGCUUUACCGGGACCAAAUGCUGAGGAAUUUCCAAGCCCUCGUUUCCCUGGGAUAUCGAGGUCUCGCACCUGACUUAAUCUGCCACAUCCAGCGAGGACAGGUGGAGCUCUGGGUCUGUGAUGAUGAGGAUGGUGGGGAAAUCUCAAGGUCAGAGGACCUGCUGCCAGGAGGUGCCUGGCUCCUGAACGGAGCUGAGGAGGAGACUCCUGUGGAAGGGCCUGCAAACCUGGAGCCACCAUGGACUUCCCCAGGGAGUUUGGGUGAGAUGGACUCCCUGAGACCUGAGAAGGAGAAAUGGCCCAAGUGUCAGGGGAGACCCCAAAAGCGGAUGAAGAAUGUAGCAGUGAACCAGCACCAAUACAUCCACCUGGGAAGGAAGACAUACAGCUGCCCUGAGUGCAGGAAGAACUUCAUCUCCUGGCAAGACCUGUCCCAGCACCAGUGUGCACAGAGCGGGGAGCAGCCACACCAUGGCACCAAGUUUGGGAAGAGCUUCAGGCAUCCCUCCAAUCUGGCCAGGCACUGGUGCAUGCACGCAAGGGAGAAGCCAUAUCAGUGUUUGGAGUGUGGGAAGAGCUUCACUCGCUCCUCCAACCUGGCUCAACACCAGCGUAUCCACACAGGGGAGAAGCCACAUCAUUGCUCAGAGUGUGGGAAGACCUUCAAUCAUUCCAGAAACCUGAGAAGACACUGGCUCAUCCACACAGGAGAGAAGCCACAUCAGUGCUCGGAGUGUGGGAAGAGCUUCACCUUAUCCUCAGACCUGGCCCGGCACCAGCGCAUCCACACGGGGGAGAAACCACAUCAAUGCUUGGAGUGUGGGAAGAGCUUCACCCGAUCCUCCCACCUUAACCAGCACCAGCUCAUCCACGCAGAAGAAAAGCCACAUCAGUGCCCAGAGUGUGGGAAGAGUUUCACUCACUCCUUCAGCCUGGUUCAGCAUCAGCAUAUCCAUACAGGAGAGAAGCCACAUCAAUGCUUGGAGUGCGGUAAGAGCUUCACUCGCUCCUCCAGCCUGGCUCAGCAUCAGCAUAUCCAUGCGAGGGAGAAGCCACAUCGGUGUUCAGAGUGUGGAAGGAGCUACACCUGCUCCUCUCACCUGGUUCGGCACCAGCUCACCCACACAGGAGAGAAGCCACAUCAGUGCUCAGAGUGUGGGAAGAGCUUCACCCGAUCCUCCUACCUUGUCCAGCACCAGCUCAUCCACACAGAAGAGAAGCCACAUCAGUGCCCAGAGUGUGGGAAGAGCUUCACUCAUUCCUCCAACCUGGCUAAGCAUCAGCAUAUCCACGCGAGGGAGAAGCCACAUCGGUGUUCAGAGUGUGGGAGGAGCUACACCUGCUCCUCUCACCUGGUUCGGCACCAGCUCACCCACACAGGAGAGAAGCCACAUCAGUGCUCGGAGUGUGGGAAGAGCUUCACCCUAUCCUCAGACCUGAUCCGGCACCAGCGUAUCCACACGGGGGAGAAACCUCAUCAGUGCUUGGAGUGCGGGAAGAGCUUCACCCGAUCUUCCCACCUUGUCCAGCACCAGCUCAUCCACACAGAAGAGAAGCCACAUCAGUGCCCAGAGUGUGGGAAGAGCUUCACUCACUCCUUCAGCCUGGCUCAGCAUCAGCAUUUCCAUACGGGAGAGAAGCCACAUCAGUGCCCAGAGUGUGGGAAAAGCUUCGCUCGCUCCUCUAGCCUGGUUCAGCAUCAGCAUAUCCACACAAGGGAGAAGCCACAUCAGUGUUCAGUGUGUGGGAAGAGCUACACCUGCUGCUCUAACCUGGUCCGGCACCAGCUCAUCCACACAGGAGAGAAGCCCCAUCAGUGCUCAGAGUGUGGGAAGAGCUUCACUCACUCCUUCCACCUUGCUCAGCACCAGCGUAUCCACACAGGGGAGAAGCCAUAUCAGUGCUCAGAGUGUGGGAAGAGCUUCACCCGAUCCUCCCACCUGGCCCGGCACCAGCUCAUCCACACAGAGAAGAAACCAUUCAGGUGCUCAGAGUGUGGGAAGUGCUUCCCUCACUCCUCCAAACUGCCCCAGCACCAGUGCAUGCAUAGCUGGGAAGCAAUGCUGGAAGGAAUUGGGGACUUGUACCUACUCGGCACCCACCAGUGUCUUCAUCCAGGCAACACAUGCUGGUGGGCUGGAGCAAGAAUUCACCCAUCAUUCGGCCCUUCUAGGGCCCUGCAGAACCCAAACAGCACAGAGGCUCGCCCCCAAGGUUUGAUGAGAGGUAGGGGUUAAAAGGAAACUUCUCAUGCAGAGGCCAGCCCAGAUGCUUGGGGAACUUGUGAGGCGAUGAUCUUUAAAUCAGCCCUGGAGUUGUGCCAUCCCCAUCAUUCUCUAAAAGUAGUCAGUGCUCCCAGGAGGAGAAGUGCCUUCUCCCUUAUGCAACUGGCUCUAAAUGACACCCAGGGACUGUCUUUGGCUGACUUCCCACUCUAUCCUCCCUCUUGGUCCUAGGGUGCUGGUAUUUGAGGCUCUUGAGUUGCAGGAAGGAGAACAUUUGUUGCUGGGGAGGUAUUCCCUGCCUUCUACCCUGACCUCUUGCCUUUCCUCCCCACCACAUCACCCCCCUCGCAGGCCUGCACAUGCCCAUCGGGUUCUGCAAGAAGCUGAUACAACCACUCCAUGAGCCCAACUUGGCAGGUUUUGCUUUCCAGCCCCUCAUCAGAACUCUGUAUUACCAGGUGCCAGCUGCCCCCAUCCCUUCAUCCCAUUCUCUAUAAUGGAUUCCUUUCUAAUCAAGCCCCAUGGUUUAACAGGGGCGGGCAAUUAUUUUAGGUGAAGGAACCCUUACCCAGUUUAGACAAGCUGUGAAGGGCUGCAUGGGUAGUCCCCUUGACACAUACCCUACCCCUGGUCACCAUCUUGUGACCAGAAGUCCUGGCCCCAAAUUUCUGACCUUUGCCACUGGAAAUCCCUCCCCUUGCCCCCAA